AUGGGUCCCCUAAGGGUACUCAAGCUCUGGCACGUCGAUGGAAGCGUUUGCUGUGGCCUGCUCCGAUCUACAGUGGUUGAAUCAGGCAAUCUCCACAAUGCUGCAAAGUUUAGACGUCCCAAAAAGAGCGUGAGCUUUGGGAGGUGGUUCGUGCUUUUGACAGCCAAAUUUUCCCGUCACAUUAGGUCGAUCGUUGCCUGUUUUACACACGUAAUAUCAUCUCAGAGCUCCGGCGUUUACAAGAUUUUACGGGUUUUAGUGAGGCUCCGAAAAAGCCAUCUACUCAGACCCUUGCAACAAUGUGCAACUUUUUCAAGAAUUUCUACGUCUAUAGCUCUUGUCGAGACCCUGCCAACCAUUUCUUCCGCAUUUCAACAGAUGGGAAUGGCGGAUCCCGGUGCAGCGGGAGCCCCCACGAGCGGUUUAUUGUGGUUGUGGGCCAAUGCCGAGUUUGCAAGCGUUAAUUGGCACCUUCAUGAAUCGCAACCGUUGUGUAGCAAGGAUAGCUAUGUCGCAGCCCUCAUACAGCUUCGAAAGAAAGCUGCGCAUUGA